ACUCCCCAAAUCCAAGCAAUUUUUUCUUUUUCUUUUUUCAAAGGCAAGAGAUUCCCGGGGGAACAGCGUGGCUGUGGAGUGUCUGAUAUUCUGAGUAAUCUCUGGGAACAGCCAAGGUGCCACCACAAUGAAAAUGGAGGAGCAAGACCUGGUAAGCGCCGAACACGUUGGAGCACUCCCUCAGGUCUUCCAGGCCAGGAGCAUCAGGGAAUUCCAGCAAAAGAGACCAGAGGAACAGAUUAAACAGGAACAAGAUGAGGGGCAAUUUCAGAGGUGGGAAAACCAAUGGCAGGAGUUCCUGAAGACAGUGGAAUCCCCUCACUCAGGCUGGGGGGUCCCACAGUUGCCGGAGGAGCCCACCCCAUGGGAUGACACCAAGGCCUUCCUGGCCUCCUUCGAGCAAGUGGCCCAGGCCUGCCGGUGGCCCAAGCAAGAGUGGGCGGCCCGACUCCUGCCGGCCCUCCGAGGAGAAGCCGAGCAGGCCUUUCGCAGGCUGGAGGCCCAAGACAGAGAGGAUUAUGGGAAAGUGAAGGGGGCCAUCUUGCGCCAGGAGGCCCUGAGGAGGGAGAAGCAGCGUCAACACUUUCGGCGUUUCUGCUACCAGGAGGUCGAGGGGCCGAGGGGGGCUUACAGCCGGCUCUGGGAACUUUGCCACGGGUGGCUAAGAGUUGAGAAACACACCAAGGAGCAGAUCCUGGAGCUGUUGGUUUUGGAGCAGUUCCUCACCAUCCUGCCGCGGGAGAUGCAGAGCUGGGUGAGGGAACACGGCCCCGAGACCUGCGCCCAGGCGGUGGCCCUGGCCGAGGACUUCCUGCUGAGGCAGCGCGAGGCCGAGAGAGAGGAAAAAGAGGCGCUGAUGCCCUUCGUGGAGGUGGCUGUGAGUUUCUCUGAGACCCCGUCCGACUUCAAGCCGAGACAGCCGAGUGUAGAAGCCAAGCAGGGAGGUGGUGCUCUACUGGAUUACAGACAAGAGGGUGCACGUGAAGAAAACGAGUGUCAACUUCAGGACCCUAAGCCGGUGGAGCAGUCUCGGAGGAGAGGCAGAGAGGGUGUUCCCCAGGGUCAUAGGCAAGGGGGAGUCUUUGAAGAUGGAGAUGGACCCUUGAGACAGCCAGGCAAUCAUUGCCUCAGGAGCGCAGUGGAUAGAUCGAUUUCCUCCAUGUCAGACGAGGAAACCUUCAACGAAACCCUCGAGUGGCGGAGGAUAAGUCCACUUAGCGGAUCCGAGGAAAGUUUCAAGCAGGCCCCCGAUUUUGCUAAGCACGACAAAGUCGAAGUCCACGAGGGGCCGUACCAGUGCGUAGAGUGCGGGAAAAUCCUCAGCCGCAAGGACCACCUGAAGAGGCACCAGCAGAUCCACACCAGAAAGAAGAAGCCCCACCAGUGCUCCUAUUGUGGGAAGUGCUUCCGGCAGAGGUCGGACCUUAUUUUUCACGAGAGAAUCCACACGGGUGAGAAACCGCACAAGUGCUCCGUUUGCGGGAAGAACUUCCGAAGCACGUGUCAGCUGAUAGUCCACGAGAGGAUUCACACCCGGGAGAAGCCGUACAAGUGCUCGGCCUGCGGCAAAAGCUUCAGCCAGAACGCAAACCUCACCGUGCACCUGAGAACCCACACGGGCGAAAAGCCGUACAAAUGCUCCGUCUGCCAGAAAACCUUCAUCCAGAAGUCGCACCUUAUGAAACACGAGCGAAUCCACACCAGGAAGAAGACCUGCAACUGUUUCGCAUGGAAAGAGCUUCCGUCGGAAUGAGCUGUGCUCUGCUGGAGGAAAGAGCUUCGUUUCUAACAUGUACCUUCUUUCUCAUGAAAGAAUCUGCUCUAGUGGGGGGGGGGGGAAGUCCUUCCAAGUGCUCUGUCUGUGAGAGAGCUUCAGUCAUAAUUUUCUCCUUCUCUGAUAUCAAAGAACACGUCCGGAGGAGAAACAACAUAAAUGUUCGACUAAAACGAUCAAGGGGUUGGUGCAACUCCCCUACGAGGGAAAGUUACAACUCCUGUGAUUGUUUAGCUUAGAAAAAAGGCGAGGAAGGGGAGA